AGCUAGGUAAACAAACAGGAGAGGAGAGGAAACGAGCAGCGGCAGGCACUUCGCUGGCUCUGGGUUCCCUCGGGGAAGUUUUAUAUUGUUUAUAUCCAUUUUUGUAAACAUUUAAUAUCGUGUUUCCUAGAAACUUUUAAUACUUUGAUACACUGGUUUUGACAUUUUCUAACAACGAAACCUGGCAAGAAUUGGCUAUAGCUUGCUAGCUUGGAAACACUGGAUUUUUCCCUCUCUUCUUUUGACAAAGGCUGCUGAUGAGCCAGCGAAGAUACUGAACAAGAUAAUAAAACGGCGUUUAUAAAGCACCAUUUGGUGUAGUAAUAACUGAUGCACUGUCUUCCCUGUAUUUAAAAGCGACUGGUUGUUGCUGCUGUUUGCGAAGCUAACGUUAAACGCUGAAGGGAACAUAGCUAACGUUAACGGCAGCCAGCCUCAGGAGAGAAUGACGGCUGUUCAGCUGAUAAAUAUCCAACGGUUACUGGAAGCUGCGGAAUAUCUAGAGAGGAGAGAAAGAGAGUGUGAACACGGAUAUGCUUCGACAUUUCCGUCGAAUCAGAACACAAACUACCAGAGGCAAAGAAAAUUCCGAAAUAAGAAGUUCAGCAGUAACCACAAUAGGUCCACACAUAAUGAGCUGGAGAAGAACAGACGAGCUCACCUGCGGCUGUGUCUGGAGCGGUUGAAGGCCCUCAUACCUUUGGGACCUGACUGCAAUCGCCACACCACCCUGGGCCUGCUCAACAAAGCCAAAGCACACAUAAAGAAACUUGAAGAGGUGGACAGGAAGAGCCAGUACCAGCUGGAGUCUCUGGAGCGUGAGCAGAGGCACCUCCAGCGCCAGCUGGAGCUGCUGAGGGGAGGCAGCGGUGCUGCAACCCAGAGCAGCCCAGGAGAGGGGGAGAGGAUACGCAUGGACAGUGUAGGCUCCACCCUCUGCUCCGACCGCUCCGACUCUGACCAAGAGGAGAUCGAGGUGGACGUGGAAAGCACGGAGUUCUCCCAUGGAGAGCUGGACAGUGUGAGCACGGCCAGCACCAGCGACCUGGACGACCACAGCAGCCUGCAGAGCAUGGCCAGCGACGAGGGCUACUCCUCCUGCAGUGUCAAACUUGCCUUCUCCUCCUAGAGCCCCACAUCUCCACCACCACCACCACCACCACCUCCCCGCCAAACCCACCUGCGCUCCCAUCUGUUUAUCCAUCCAGCCAUGCCUACAUACAUACACCCAGUCACCUUAGACGACGGCCAGGCCCCCAGCUAAAGGCGUUCCCGUCGCUCUGAGAAGCGCUGCCCUCCUACUCCUGGCCUUUUUAGUUGCUUUUAGUCCCCCACACCCCCCCUUACUGACACCAGGGACCCAAACACCCAUUGACACAGUGAUAUGAGACUGCCAAUUGGUUUUUGUCUUCUUUUAAAGGGAGAUCACAGACUCGGUUGAUAAGAAACAUUAUAAAUCAUCUUAAUUUUAAAAUUAAUUGAUUUUACUUUUUUUAUUUCCUUGAACCGUCAAUUGUCUGAAUUUUUUUUAAGGAUUCACAAUCCCAAAUUUGAUCCAAAAUGCACUUAAAUUCAUAUAAUAUUGAAAUAAUUCAGAGUUUCUGUUCGGUUCUCUCUCCUGUAGGUGCGUGUGUGUGUGUGUUGAGCUGAUCCUGUGUAUCCCAACUUAAUGUUCUAGUGUUGGGCCUGGAUAAACGGGAGCACAUCUAAUCUGGACUUUAAUGAACACUGUGGGUGAACUUUGAAUAUCAACACAGCUUGGUUCCUGAUAAACAUCCCUCCAGCCCUGAAUUUAAACCUUGUCUUAUUGUUUUUUUCAUUACUUCUGCUCAACACCGCAGACGUUCGGACACUCGAAUUGGUGCUAUUGUGAAACAAACCAUCGGGAAGCAGAUCAGAUCACCACUAAGCUUUUAAAGCAAACAGAGCGUGUCUGCCGUGAUUGUUUCCAAACAAGCGUGGAGGAAAACAACCACAAAAAAAUGGAGGAAAAAAAAAAAAAACAUUCCUGUCGAAUGUGGGUGCUCAGUGCAUUUUCAAAGAGUGGAAAUUGUAACUUUGUGUGUGUGUUUUCGUUUGGUUUCUUUCCCCUCGACAAGCAGCUACAACAAGCCAUCCUGCACUUGCCUACUUUAGAGCUGUCCAUAGAAACAGCACAAACCAAGAAGUAAAAAAAGAAAAAAAGAAGAUAACACACACAAAAAAAAACAGCAACAAGGAAAAAGUCCAAAUGGCAACAACAAACUUUGGAAUAGAUGUCCAUCCUUUUUCCAGCAGUAACAAGCAAUAACUCUUUUAGUUGUUUUUGUCUCGUCAGUUUGAACUCCUUCCCCUUUUUUUUUUUCUUUUCUCCCUAAAGACAAGUGUGUGACCGUCCAAAAAAGCAAAUUUGUUGUUUGUUUUUUUUUGUACAUACAAAUAGCUUAAUAAAUUAAACUUUAAAAAGGAGUUUUAAAAAAGGUAGAGCUCAUGGAUAGAACUAUUGCCUCUGUUGCUGUUUGACCUGUGUUUAUUGUGCAUUUUAAAUUCAAUUUUUGGUUUUGUCCACUUCAGAGUGGCAGUGGACGUGGCAUGGACACUAUUUUAUUUUGUUCAGUUUUGUUGAUAGAAACAUUCGAAAGUUACCCAUUCUAUUGCUGCCCUGAGAAGAAAAGAAAAGUUACUCAGUUCAACGUGAUAAAAACAACAGAACAACUUCCUGAAAAAAGCGACGCAGUAGGACUUCUGUUGGAGGAUGCUGAGUUUGUGUGACACUCCUUUUAUUUAUUAGACUUUUUUUUCUCUCUCUAUUUUAUAAUGUUAAUGAAUGGCUAUGGCAUUCCACUGGUGGUCAGGUGAUCUGUGGAGGAAACGUGUGAAGUGUGGGGAGAAGAAAACGGGUUGUAUGAUGUCACUGUUCGCCAUCCCAUCUCCACUGGUGUUAAGGAUUGCACUUCAACCACAGUUCUCUUUAUUAUUAUUUUAUUUCUCUUUCCCACUGUCAUCAGCUCUCAUGAAUCCUUUUGUGUGUGACAGAAAAAAAACACCACCCUUUUGAAUAUUUAUUUCUCAAUCCCUCAAAGAACACAAGCAGUGGGGAAAAAGAAGUUAACUUAUUUUGGUUCUGUCUUAUUUUACUCCUCUUCUCGAUGCUUAUUCUUCAUUCCUUAUUUUAAGAAUUGUAUAUUUUAUGGGUUAUUGUUAUUAUUAUUUUUGAUUUUAUUUUUUUGAGGGGGGGGGGGGGGGGGUGGGGCGGGUGGGAAGGGAUAAGAAGAAAAUGUAGCCGUUUUGUUUUCGUUUUUCUGAUGUUUUAUUCAAUGGACACUUGAAAUGUAAUUGGCCCCUAAGCUGCUCCUAGUGCUGAGCCUCGCCUGUUUAGAGUCACCAGCCUUGUCCGGAGCUCACCCCCCACCCCCCACCCCCCACCCCCCACCCCCCCACCUCUUACACUAUGCCUGUGAUGAUGCAUUUGAAUCUAAAACAACAGGACAGGCUGAUUGACAAAACAGCUGAAGCUUGAUGCCCAGCCUGCUGAUAGAAGCCUGUCCGGUUGUUUUUGGGUCUGAGCUGAGGGGGAUUUUCUCUGCACAAGGCUUAUUGAUAGCCAAGACUUUACUGGCAAAUAUUGAGCCGGCUACUACACAAUAAAAGGGGUCUAAAACUCCACUUUCCUCCUUUGGAGGAUUGUAGUCUCUAUUAGACUUGUGUUUUAGUUGACAAAAUGUGUCUUACAUUUACAAAGCCUCUGACUGAGGACUUAAAGAAAAAAAUAAACAAAGAAGAACAAAUCCUUUGGUUUCUCUGAAGGACAUCAUUAAGGUGUAUAUUUUGACAUGUAAGCUCUCUGCGGAGCUCUGUUGAGGUUGUUGGACUUGGCACUGAAUCAGAAAGUCACCACUUUUGGUGCUUGAUUAUAAAACAAAAAAAAAACAAAAAAAAAAAAACAAAUGCCAAAACCACCUCAGAACACCUCAGUGUCCUCUCUCUCUCUCUCUCUCUCUCUCUCUCUCUCUCUCUCUCUCUCUCUCUCUCUCUCUCUCUCUCUCUGAGGGACAGUUUACAUUUAUUCUGCCCUCGUUUAAGUUAUUAACCUUCAUCUUCUCUUUGUUUCUGUUUUCUUCUUCAUAUGUUGGUUUUAUGAACCUGCACUGCUGACAGGAAAAAGGUCCCAUGUCUGACAAAUGAAUUUCACUCCUUAUGCAGAGCUGGAUCAGACACCUGUGUUUUAACCUGCUCGGAGUACAAAAAUAUUUUUACUACAUUGGGACAAAUCUGACAGUGUUGGGUCUGUCGUUUAUCACAAAAAUGUGAGAAAACUCUCUGGCACACAUUGUAUUGUCUCUUGGGGCAAACUAUUCUGAUGUUGUAUUCCAAAAUGGGAUAAAACAAAUUACAAGAACUGAUUUGACCGAAGCCAGGUCUGUCCUCUCUGUGUGAGUGUACUGUGUGUGCGCGUGUGUGCGCGUGUGUGUGUGUGUGUGUGUGUGUGUGUGCGCGUGUGCGUGCGCGCUCCGUGUUCUUACUAAGGCUGAGCUUUGGAAAGGCACCUGGUCCGUGACCACUCUGCACUGAUCUCAGUUUCCCACCUGCUACUCGGUACAUAUCAAACCUCUGGAGAGUCUGUCAUAAGAGACAAGUCUAUCCAGUGUGAGAUAUAAUAACUGGGCGUGAAGGCUCUGUCACAUAAACUGCAGGUAUAAUUUUGCAUUGAAAGUUAAAAGACAUGUUAACUUCAGUGCAGACUGGUCUAGGAUCAGCCCAGGUUAUUUGGGAGGUGUAAUAAGUAGUUUCUGGCUAUGCUGCAAAUUCAAAACAAUAGCAUAUCUUCAUAAGCUGGUGAUCACAAAGCUAUAUUUUUACCUCUGUGUUUAAGGUUGGGUGUAGACAUGCAGUCCUGACUGUGGUUCAGGUUGGGGUUAACUCUCCAGGAGUGUAGAGUUCCAGUUUUGCAGCUUGGCCAGAAGUGUACCAGCCCGGCAAAGUGGAAGUCGCAGUGUCUUUUGUAAACCACUCUCCAUUCUGGUGUCGGUCUCUCAGGAGGUUAACUUUGAGCAAACGGGUCCAUGAGGUCAAGAUAGCCCAACCAAACAAGCAGUCCCACGUAGGGAGUCCUCCUGUUGUUCUGAACCUGUGGCCAUCCUUUGUAAAACAUGCACUCUGAUGAUGAUUCAAGCCGUGUAAGUUGAAGAUGCAAUACUUACAAUAAAAACACUGAGAUUUUCAAACCUGAA